GGGUGGACAUGUUAGCUUCAGUAGACUGCUCACUAUUGUUGCUGUAGCGAGUGUAAUAUUGUAAUGGGAGUGUGUACACCAUCCCCACCAAGGUUCCGAGAUAAGAAACCUCGAAGAUGUAAUCAACAUUCACUUCAGAAACUGUUGGCAGGCUAAUCUCGAGCACACGGACGCACACAAUCUUUGGCCCAAGCAGGACACAAGCGCAAGCACGCCCACGGCACACUCAUUCUUGGGGCAGGACCGGGAAGAACGACUGUUGGGAUGUUGAUGUUCGUGCUUAGAGAGAUGAUCACGAUGCCAGUGCACGUCACGCUGCCCCAGCUCACCCUUCUUGCCUGUCUUGUCACCCUUGUCAGCAGUGCCCCUUGCUGCGCACCUGACCAGUGGGCUUCACAAGUCAGGGUCAUCACCAUGACAACAGAUGAAUCCAAGUAUCAGGCUAACUAUACGUGGCACUGGGUCAGCUAUGACUUCAACAGAUCUCUCAUUGCCAUCAUAACUGUUGACCCUUUCCAUCCUGACGUGUAUCAACGUGAACUCUUAGAUUAUCCCAAGGGCGUUCGAUACGUCACACCGGAUGAGUUCAAGUGUUUCGCCUAUCCUCUGCAAGGCGCCAUGAUGAAGCUGUGUGUUCCCCCACCAGGAGGCAAUGUUUCAUUUGAUGUUCCAAUGCUGUUCGGCUUUGUCAACACUCUGCCCACUGAUGUGAAGCCUGUUGCGGACUCCAACGGCAUGUUCGGCGAAACUAUUUACUAUGACAACGGUGACGUGACGGGUUACGUGACGGUCGCGACUCCCUCCUGCGCCUUUGUCAAUGAAAUGUCUUAUGCAACGUUACCAGACGGUGCAAGUGUCUGGCGAAACGUACAGUGGACAAACAUAACCUUGACACUGGACCCAGAGAACUUCAAGAUGCCAUCUGCUUGCAACAUGUCCACCUGGUCCUAAAGAUUU